CCAGAUAUCUCUCCACAAAGUUGCGCAGCAAUGUUGAAACCACAGCCAAGUCUUCAGUCGCAGUUCUCCUCCUGCUCCACCCUAACCCCCAGCUUCCUCAUGCACAAGCCAUUCGUCAUUGGAAAUGGCAAUAGCAUUGCUUCCCUUCCAAUAUUUUCGAUGCAGUACUCAUUCCACAAGAAAAACAAAAAUUUUCGAAUCGUCACCGUGCCUGGCAAUAAUGUUAAAGCCGUAGCAACGGAGUCCUCUACCGAGAAGGCAACCUCUGUUAAAACGAUUGUAACUGUGAAACUUACUGCUGAGGGUGAUACAGACUGGCGUGAUAAAACACUCCUCUUGGAGCUUGUUAGCGCCCAGCUUGAUCCUAAGACGGAAUCAGAGAAGGAGACAAUCAAAGGGUACGCAAACUGGACGAGCCAAGAUGAAGGGGAGGUGAAAUAUGAGUCAGAUUUUGAAGUUCCGGCAGAUUUCGGAGAGGUUGGGGCCAUUUUUGUGGAGAAUCAGCACCGCAAGGAGAUGUAUCUCAAGGAUAUCAUCAUUAAUGGCUUCCCUAAUGGCCCCGUCAAUUUGACAUGUAAUUCAUGGGUUCACUCAAAGUAUGACUAUCCUGAUCAGAAGAGAGUCUUCUUCACAAACAAGUCAUACUUGCCAUCAGAUACACCAGAAGGGUUGAGGAGGCUAAGAGAAGAAGAACUUGUCACUUUGAGAGGAAAUGGGGAAGGAGAACGAAAGACCCAAGAUAGAGUUUACGAUUACGAUGUCUAUAACGAUAUUGGAGAUCCUGAUAGUAGUGAUGAUCUUAAAAGACCGGUACUUGGCGGAAAGGAACAUCCAUAUCCUAGGCGUUGCAGAACUGGACGCCCUCACAGUGACAAUGAUCCAUUAUCGGAAAAAAUAAGUAGCACCGGUACCAUCUAUGUUCCAAGGGAUGAAAGCUUCUCAGAAGUAAGGCAGCUAACAUUCUCCAAAAAGACAAUAUCCUCUGCCUUGCCUGGAUUUCUAUCAAACCUAGGGAACUUAGUCAGUGACCGUGAUCCAGAGUUCACUCACUUCACGGCCAUAGAUUCACUUUUCGUAAGCUCGGCUACUCCAAAUGAUGCACUAAGCAACAUCAAGUAUCUGUCGCGUAAACUUUUCAACGGAGGGGAAAACUUGCCUACACCAGAAAUCGCAGAAACCAAGGGAUGGAAAAGCUGGAUAAAGAGCGCCGUGUCCCGGAUUGGCAGGGUUAUUAGUGAAACCCAAGAUGAUUUGUUGUGGUUUGCGACCCCAGAAACAAUGGAUAGAGACAAGUUCUUUUGGCUUAGGGAUGAGGAAUUUGGCAGGCAGACUCUUGCAGGUCUCAACCCGUAUAGCAUACGUUUGGUCACGGAAUGGCCCUUGAAGAGUAAGCUUGACCCAGAGAUCUAUGGCCCUCAAGAAUCAGCAAUCACUACAGAAAUGAUUGAACGAAAAAUUGAAGGCGUUUAUUCUGUCAAGGAGGCCAUAAAUCAGAAGAAGUUGUACAUUCUAGACUACCAUGAUCUAUUUUUACCCUAUGUGAGCAAAGUAAGAGAACUUAAAGGCACAACUUUGUAUGGAUCACGAACGCUCUUCUUUCUUACCCCUGAGGGCACGUUAAGGCCAUUGGCCAUUGAGCUAACUCGGCCAAAAAUGGAAGAAAAGCCACAAUGGAGAGAAGUUUUCACACCCAGUUGGGAUGCUACAGGUAUCUGGAUGUGGAGACUUGCCAAAGCUCAUGUCCUAGCCCAUGACUCCGGUUAUCACCAACUUGUUAGUCAUUGGCUAAGGACUCAUUGUUGCACAGAACCUUACAUAAUUGCAACAAAUAGACAACUUAGUGUGAUGCACCCAAUCUAUAGACUAUUGGACCCUCAUUUUCUGUGCACUAUGCAAAUUAAUGCUCUUGCUCGAUCAGCACUCAUCAAUGCAGACGGGAUUAUUGAGAGCUCAUUCUCACCUGGAAAGUAUUCAAUAGAGCUUAGCUCUGUCGCUUAUGACCAGCAAUGGCAGUUCAACCUCGAGGCACUACCAGCUGAUUUAAUUAAUAGGGGACUUGCUGUUGAGGAUCCAACUGCUCAACAUGGCCUAAAGCUGACAAUUGAGGACUACCCCUUUGCUAAUGAUGGCCUUCUCCUUUGGGACAUUAUCGAAGAGUGGGUUAGGGAUUAUGUCAAUUACUAUUACCCUAACCCAAGAGCCAUAGAGUCUGAUCAAGAGCUACAAGAAUGGUGGACAGAAAUCCGAAUAGUUGGCCAUGGUGACAAAAAGGACGAGUCAUGGUGGCCAGUCCUCAAAACCCCAAAAGACCUCAUACAAAUCAUCACUACAAUCGUAUGGGUGACUUCUGGUCACCAUGCAGCUGUUAACUUUGGACAAUACACCUAUGCUGGUUAUUUUCCUAAUCGGCCUACCAUUGCUAGAACCAAUAUGCCCUCUGAAGAACCUUCUGAUGAAUUUUUUACCAAUUUCUUGAGAAAGCCUGAAGGUGCACUCUUACAAUGCUUCCCUUCAAAAACUCAAGCAACAAAAGUCAUGGUUGUUUUGAAUGUACUAUCAUGUCAUUUUCCUGAUGAAAAGUAUCUAGGGGAGGCAAUAGAGCCGGCAUGGGCUGAGAAUCCACAUAUAAAUGCUGCCUUUGAGAGGUUUAAAGGGAGGUUGAAGAACCUUGAAGGGAUUAUUGAUAAGAGGAAUGCCGAUAGGGACUUGAAGAACAGAAGCGGGGCUGGGAUUGUGCCAUAUGAGCUUUUGAAACCCUUUUCUGAAGAGGGAGUGACUGGUAAGGGAGUUCCCUAUAGCAUCUCCAUUUAAAAUGGAAAAUGCAUAUUUCAAAAUGUUGUUUUUUGUUUUUGUUUUGAUGGACAAAAUGUUGUUUUAUAAGUUAUAAAGAGCAUGUGUAAGUUGUUAUAUUUCAAAAAAUAAUAUCAU